UGUAACCGAAAGAUUACAUUGAGUAUCCAGUUUUGUUUUUAGAAUAUCCAAACAAAAAUAAAAUGACGUAGCUUUCGUAGUGUAGGCUGUCUAAAGAAGAUUUAAUUAAUAAUUGAUCUAGUCUAAAAGUGUAAUAGAUCUAUAUAUACUAGAUCUAGCAGUUUUCGCUUCUGUGGAAAGAAAUGGACUUUGACUCAGAAAAUCUAUCAUACUAUUUAUUGGUGCUGCCAUCAACUCUUAUUGUAUUUGUUAUUACUGUUUUUCUUAAUUGGUUGGGUUUGAAAUUUUUCACCCACAACUGAAAUGAGUCUAAUUGAAAAGCCAUCACUUUUACCUUUGCCUGUUGUACAACGAAGGCUAAAUGUUGAGUCACUUGUGACAAAUCCUGUGAUAUGGACAACAAUUUUAAUUGUAGAGGUUUUUAUAUACAGUUCCUAUGGUAUAUUUAUAAAUUUAAGUCGCAUUGAUGGUCAUGUCAGUUACGACUCAUCUUCAAUGGUUUUAAUAAUGGAAACAAUAAAAUUUUUGCUGGCGUUACUGAUGGCUUGGCCAGAACUAUCUAUUGGAUAUUUGUCAUCUAUACGACUGAAACAGAUCUUACCCUUCUCUCUGCCAGCUGUUUGCUAUUGCAUCAACAACAAUUUGUCUGUUUUUAUGCAGGACCAGAUGGACCCUGCUACAUUCCAGGUUUUAUGCAAUCUGAAAAUAGCAUCUACUGCCCUUUUGUACAGAAUAAUAAUGAGGAGGAAACUUCGCUUAUUACAGUGGGCAUCACUAGGCCUUCUCACUUUUGCUGGUGGUCUUAAUAGUUACAGUGGUCUAACUGAAAAGUCUUUGUCCCUGCAAGAAAUACAUAUCACUCUCAAGGGUGUAAUAAUGGCACUUCUUUACUGUGCUAUUUCAGGCUUUGCUGGUGUAUAUACGGAAUACAUUCUCAAAAAAGAUAGCAAGGCAUCCCUUCCUCUACAGAAUUGCUAUUUAUACAGUUUUGGGAUACUAUUUAACUUUUGCAUGUGGUAUAUACAAGGUGAGGAGCAGUCAAAUUUCUUUCAUGGCUAUACAAAAUACACCUGGCUGGUUAUAGUAUCUCAGGCUGUAAAUGGACUUGUGAUGUCAUUAAUUAUGAAACACAGCAGCAACAUUGUCCGUCUGUUUGUUAUAACAUCAGCCAUUCCUGUAGCCACUGUGCUUUCCAUAUUAGUUUUCCAGCUGCAGCCAGGGUUUGAAUUUUUUAUUGUGGUUGUCAUUGUGAUUCUGGCUAUUUAUUUGUACAACUACACUCCAUCUCAGAUUAAACAUUGAUUAAAGUAAUCAC